UCAAGUUCAGGGGGCCCAAAGUAUUAUGCUUUGCCUUAUUUAUCUGGCAUGGCUGUUGAUAAGUACUUAUCUACAAAAUAUGAUUUCAUUUGGUAGGACGCAUUGGGAAGCUUAAAGACUUUGGACCUCUGGAAUAUGGAUGAUGCGAUGUUGUUAAUCCACCAAUUAGUUUCCAGUUGCUGCUUCAGACAACUUGAAUGUUUAGGAAUCUUGAAUUGCAAGAAUCUCCCUCGUUUGCUUAUUGAUCUUGUGAAUGAUGCUCGAAUUGGUGCAGAGGAGGCGGAAAAAGAAUACGGGGAAAACGUGAUUGAUAACUCCCUAUUUCCUCAUUUGAAAGAAUUGAUGCUGAGUAAACUGCCAGAUUUGAGGUGUGUUGUUCCACUGAAUACGCAAAAGGUUUAUUUUGCUAACUUGAAAUCAGUUGAUGUAAGCGCCUGCGAGAGACUACUUCACUUCUCUUCGCUAUCUGUAGCCAGGAUUUUUUCGCAGCACGUUGAAAUAUUGACAUUUAAGCAUUGCAAGGAGAUGGAACAAGUAUUUAUUUUAGAGGAUAAUGAAGUGGAUGGAGCUGAUCAAAGUCGAAUCCCUGACAUCCAGUUCCCGAGGUUGAAGAUGUUAAAACUUUACAAAUUACAAGCACUCACGAGUUUUUGCAAGGGGGUUAACAACACUGAGUUCCCAAGUUUGAUGAACUUAGAAAUUUCUGGCUUGAACAACAUAAAAGGUCUUGUGAUUCCCACAUAUGGAGAGCAAUCCAGUGGUGGUAUGGAUUUCCUUUUUGGAACUAAGGUCUCAUUUGGAGGUUUGAAGACUCAAGGAAUUAGACAGUGAGUUAUGGUUCCACCAACUUUUCUCAAGCACACGGUCCUUCAGAGAACUGGCACAUUUAACAAUUAAGCGAUGCGACAAAAUGAGGAAAUUGUUUUCUUCUUCUUCAAUCAGGGCCUUGGUGAAUCUGGAGAGUCUAGAGAUAACGUGGUGCUCACAGAUUGAAGCUGUAGUUGUAGAUGAUGAAGAAGGAAAGGGAAUGAGCAUGAAUGAAGCCUCUAUAUCUUAAAUUGAAUUAUUUAUUGUUGACUGACUUACCAAAGUUGGGAAGCUUUAGCCAAAGCAAACGUGCUCUACACUUGCCCUCGCUGGAGGUGUUGUAUAUCGCCGAUUGCGGUGAAAUGCAGACCUAAAUAGACCAAGAUUUUCACUCUACUUUUCCAGAUUAGGUAAGCCCCAACUAGAAACUCAUACUAGUAAUAAUAAUGAGAUGAAACCUUACAGACUACAGUGAAUGCUAUCCCUCAAGUAUUGCAAACUCUUCGACAGAGCCUUGGCUAAUACCACACCUUGAAUGGUUUUCAAUACCUGAGUUUGAGUAUCACACCUGUAGUCCAUUGGGUCUGCUUCUCUUUGCAUUUCUGAUCCUUAGAUUAAGAAUUUGCAUUUUUUCCAUGUUGAGUAUCUUCCUUCCUGCACUAGGUAACUCAGAGAAUGUGUUAAACUUUGAUGUACCUGCAAAAUCAAAAGCAAUGUUAGUUAAAAAAUCUGCCAAGCUGUUUCCCUCCUUGAAAACAUGAUGCAUUAUCACAUUGAAAGUCCCCAUCAUUUUCUGAAUCCUCUCCACCUCUGUAAUAAUGCACCAUGGUAUCCGCCACACUCCUUCCACCACAUUCUUAAGAAGUAAUGAAUCAGUCUCCACAACUAGUGGUUGAAUCUCCUUUUCUACACAAUAUUUUAGACCCUCCAAUAUAGCUUUUGCUUUAGCUUCAACAUUAGUACUGUUCCCCAUCUCAGCACAUUGAGCAUAUAUCAAAUCCCCUUUCCAAUUCCUCACACAAAAACCAUAGGAACUAGGACCUGAAUUCCCCCUAGAUGCCCCAUCUGUAUUGCAU